AGGCAGAAAAGUUUUUUUUCCAGAGGAAAAUGCAGGGUUUGUCCUUACCCCUGACGUCACCUCUUGCUUUAAUAACGCCCCCCCCCCCCCCCCCGCAAGGGCUGCGGGAAGCAGCAUAGCUAGGGUUCCUGAUGGGCCAGGCUAGACUGGACCCAGCACCCCGAGAGGUGGCUGGGAUCCCCUGGGCUCCUCAAUUGAUGCCUUUACCCUUGAGCUCCAGGCAUGAGGUGGUUCCUGCCCUGGAUUCUGGCCGCACUGACAGUUGCAGCCUCAGGCAGUGCCCUGGCUCCGGGCCUCUCCCCGACACCCAGGAGCAUGGCUUUCACCCCGGCCCAGUGGGAGGACACAUUCGCACGCCCCCAGUUCUGCAAGUGGCCGUGCGAGUGCCCGCCACAGCCGCCGCGCUGCCCACUGGGGGUCAGCCUCAUCACUGAUGGCUGCGAAUGUUGCAAGAUGUGCGCUCAGCAGCUUGGGGAUAACUGCACAGAGGCGGCCGUCUGUGACCCCCACCGGGGCCUCUACUGUGACUACAGCAGGGACCGCCCGAGGUACGCGAUAGGAGUGUGUGCACAGGUGGUCGGCGUGGGCUGCCUCUUGGAUGGGGUACACUACAGCAACGGCCAGUCCUUCCAGCCCAGCUGCAAGUACAACUGCACGUGCGUGGAUGGUGCAGUGGGCUGCACGCCCCUGUGCCUCAGCCAGCGUCCGCCCCGUCUCUGGUGCCGCCACCCCCGGCGGGUGCGGGUGCCCGGCCGCUGCUGCGAGCAGUGGGUGUGCGAUCCCGAGGCCCAGAGACCACGCAAGACAGCGCCCAGGCACACUGAUGCCUUCGCAGCACCAGCCGCAGCAGCAGCAGCAGCAACAGGUGAGGCAGAACCAUGGCAUAGGAACUGCAUAGCCUACACGAGCCCCUGGAGCCCCUGUUCCACUAGCUGUGGCCUGGGGGUCUCUACCCGGAUCUCCAAUGUGAAUGCCCGCUGCUGGCCUGAGCAAGAACGCCGACUCUGCACCUUGCGUCCAUGUGAGGUGGACAUCCGACAGCACAUCAAGGAAGGGAAGAAGUGCUUGGCUGUGUAUCAGCCGCAGGUGCCCGUGAACUUCACGCUGUCUGGCUGCGUCAGCGUGAGCACCUACCGGCCCAAGUACUGUGGAGUCUGCCUGGACAGCAGGUGCUGCAUCCCCUACAAGUCCAAGACCAUCGACGUCUCCUUCCAGUGUGCCGAUGGGCCCGGCUUCUCCCGCCGGGUCCUAUGGAUUAACGCUUGCUUCUGCAACCUGAGCUGUAGGAAUCCCAACGAUAUAUUUUCAGACUUGGAAUCUUACCCUGACUUCUCAGAAAUUGCUGAUUAGGCAUGCCCAAAACAUGGGGUUGGAGCUUGCCCACAGCUGGACCGUCUGUUGUUUUGUUACAACUCAUUUCUAAAGAUACUCAUCCCGAUGCUUGGCUCCUUUCCUGUCUCCAAACAGUCAAGAAAAAGAAAAGAAAGAAAGAAAGGAAGAAAGAGAGAAAGAAAGAGAGAGAAAGAAAGAAAGAAAGAAAGAAAGAAAGAAAGAAAGAAAGAAAGAAAGAAAGGAAAAAGCACAAUUUUGGUGCUGCUCAGGCCUCUGGGUUCCUCCUGGGCAGUAUUCCGAGUACAUGUGAGGAGAGUUCCUGACUCUAGAUGUUCUGGGAAAUACCCGAGUCUGACCUGCCCUCUCUAGGCUACUGGAAGUCUUGCUGGUUCCUGCCAGAGUCUCAAGGAACAGAAUCAGCCGGACAUGCAAUAUCACUAACUUCCUCUUUAGCUGCCAGAAGCUAAGAGGUUGAUUGGAGUCAUUUGGAAUAAAUCGACAGGAUUUAGGACAAUGGUGCAACCUAUUAUUUGGGCCCAGUCAAGCGGCUUGUGGAUGGACAGUUCUCAUCACAGCACACCAAGGUGUCUCUGAUUUCCAGACAUUUCUGUAACCCAAGGACACUAAACUUCUUCCAAGUGAAAUGAAUAGUUGUCUUCCUUGGGCGGUUAGUGGAAAAUUGUAUCCGUAAACCCAAGCAUUAUUAGGGUUAAGUUUCUCUUCACUCCUACAACGUGAAGGGUACAAAUUGGUUUCAUUUUCAUCAGAAAUGCAAUUUGAGAAACUUCAUUCUCAUGGUAAAAUCCCCAAGUAAGUUUUCUAGGGUCAGAGCAAGGCCAGCUAGUGUUCAGGAGGGAUGGAUCCUAACACCAGAUAUGCUGGUGACUGACAGACAUCAGGACAGCCAGCACAGCUCCUGCUCAAAUUCAGAUCCUCUCCCUGCUGGGGGUCUCAAGGGAGUUGUGGGUGGCACCUCUCCAUGAUGGGCUCCCUGCUCCUGAAAGUGAUGUCUUGAGACAUUCCAGGGCUCUUAUGCAGACUUGGAGGAAGUAGUUGAACUCGAAGUCCGACUUGCCUGCAAAUGAUCUAGGCCAGGUGUGGGUCCAUUCUGCCUCUGCCCAGCCCGAGGACAUGCCUCUGUGUGUCGCAAUUAUGUACUUCACAGAGUUUGGGUCUGCAGACCCCAAGAAGUUUCUGGUGUGAAGUCAGAUUUAUUCAGUUGUUUCAAAACAGAAAUCUAUUUACUAAGGGUUGAACACCCAGAGGGGUGGAAGUGAAAUUUUAUAUUACUCUUAAAAAUGAGGUUGUUAUUUAUUUCAUUAAUAAAAUAAAUGUACUUCCUGUUAGAA